AUGCGGAGAGAGGGUGCAAAAGGGGAUGAAAUUAUUGAAGCUCUAAUUGCAAAUAGCAAAACUUUUGAUAAGAAGUUUCAGUUGUCUCAGGAAAAAUAUAAGCUAAAGAAGCAGAAGAAAUAUGCGCCUAAGCUGCUUCUAAGACGGCCUUUUGCUCGAAGUAUAUGUGAAGCUUACUUCAAGAAAUACCCAGCCAGAAUCGGAUUCUUACGAGUAGAUGCGUUAUCUCUUUUGUUAACAAUGGCUAAUGUCACGGCAUACUCGGAUGUGCUUGUGGUGGAUAUGGUUGGUGGCCUUGUCACUGGUGCAGUUGCUGAACGAUUAGGAGGCACUGGUUAUGUUUGCAAUACGUAUAAAGGAAACUCCCCUUAUCCUGUGGAGAUGGUGAGGAUGUUCAACUUUAGUGACAAGGUUAUAGAGAGGAUCGUGCAGUCAUCUAUAAACGAGCUCUCAUCAGCCAAAACUGCAUCUCCUGAAGAAAACAAUCAACAAGAAGGAGUUUACAACUCUGAGAUUAAUAUCAGUGAACCAUCUACAUCUGAUAUGGUAGAAGAUACACCUGUGACAGCUGAGGCUACAGUAGUGGAUAUUGUUGUCCCAGAGAGCAAAAUUAUCAAGUCGCCAAAAGCUGGAGCCAAUGCUUCGAAAGAAGCAAUAGAAAUGUGGAAAGAAAACGGUUUCUCUAGUUUAAUAAUGGCUGCACAAGACCAAGACCCAUGGAGCUUAGCCAAAGAUGUAUUGCCACUGCUCUCGUACUCUGCUCCGUUUGCAAUAUAUCAUCAGUAUUUACAGCCUCUGGCGACAUGUAUGCACAACCUUCAGCAGGGGAAGAUGGCGAUCAAUCUGCAAAUAACAGAACCGUGGCUACGUGAAUAUCAGGUGCUUCCCUCAAGAUCACACCCUCACAUGCAGAUGAGUUCUUUUGGAGGCUAUGUUCUAAGCGGCAUCAGAAUCUCCACCACUUGA